AUGGCGCAAGGCACUCGCCAGAACUUCUCUGAGAACUCGCCGGAAGCCAGAGACUUCGGCGCCGAGUUCUUCUCAAUGUACCGAUCCAUUUUCCCCGCGAAGUCGUCGCCUCUCCCGAGCUCGCUCUCGCUCACGCCGUCGACGCGUUCCUCGUCUGCCGGCGGUGGCGGCGGGUGCUAUGAAGACGAGAGCACCACCGAGCACCGCCUCAUCCAGGCGCGCCUGAUUCUUGAGCAUCAGCAGCUAAACGACCAAUACGAUCUCUUCCAAACGCACCUCCGCAACCUCAACAAGGAGAUCGACUUCCUCCGCCGUGAGAACGCCGAGCUCCGAUCUGUCAACACAGAGCUCCUCAAGAUCCUCUCCUCUCCGGCCGCCUUCCAAGGCUUCCUCCUCUCUUCCGGUGCUUAUCCAAACCAGUCGCUUCUCGACUCCUUCCGCCGCCUCGAUAUCGGAGGUGUUCUUGCUCCCGAUCACGGACAUGGUGUCGAAGACGUCUCCGAUAUCAGUCCGACGAGCGUGAUGGAGACAAACCGAAUCGAGCGGCCGAGCGCGGAGAGAGUCUCACUCCCUAAGAGCAUCUCCGUUCGAUCCACUGGUUAUCAGAAAGCUAUCAGCCAUUCGCCUGGUAAUUCGAGCCGAGAAGGUCCGGGUCGGUCAUCCAACCGUCCAAGAUCUGUACCAAAUCCAAUCGCCUCCCGAACUGAAACGCAAAGAGUGUAUGUGCCUGGUGUAGGCGAGAAAGAGGAAGAAUCUGGUGGUUUGGAGUUGGAUGUUUACAACCAAGGGAUGUUCAAGACGGAGCUGUGCAACAAAUGGCAGCAGACCGGGGCGUGUCCCUACGGAGAGCAUUGCCAGUUCGCUCACGGCAUAACGGAGCUCCGGCCGGUGAUCAGGCACCCGCGCUACAAGACGGAGAUUUGCAGGAUGGUCCUCUCUGGAGAACGGUGCCCCUACGGCCACAGGUGCCACUUCCGCCACUCGCUUACUGAGCAGGAGAGGUUGUUGCUUCCACGUUGAUUGAUUGAUGAAUUAUGGAUAUUGAUCAAAUUCGAUUAGGCAAAGACAUGAUAUAUUGAUAUCUGCAGAAAACUGGCCAUAUAAUUGGAUUGAAUUGAAUGAUUUUGUGUUGAAUGAUAAUAUGUAUAUAGAAAUCUGUUCGCUGUGUUUAGAUGCAAGUACAGUAAUUACAAUUGAAACCCAUGGAUAAUGUAGCAAUAAAUUGACGAGGGAAUCGUAUGUUUGAUGAUCAUCUUUGUGGGGCUACUUUAGCUUAGGAGUGAAAACCAAGGAAAAUUCCAAGG